GAUCACAGCAGUUACAACGAACACUGCUACUGAGAAAUUAUAGCAGCUACGACAAACAUGUCUAUGGAGACGAACACAGCGACUAUGAUGAACACAGUGGCUAUGACGAACACGGCGACUACAACGAACACAGCUACUACGGUGAUUACAAUGACCAUGAUGGCACAGAGACCACGUCAAUGACAUGGUGA